AAAGCCUGUUAUGGGCCCCGCUGGUCUCACACUGCUGGUCAUGAUGAGGGGGCUGCUCGCAUUCGCCGCGCUGUUCGUGGCCGUUCUCGGCAAGGAAACGUUUGAGGGGCAUCAGGUGCUUCGCAUUGUUCCUAAGGAUGAGGUCCAGCUGGCUCUUAUCAAGGACCUGGAGGACAUAAUCGAGUUCGAGCUGGACUUCUGGAGGGGUGUGACUGAGGCGGCCACUCCUGUGGACGUCAGAGUUCCCUUCCACAGCCUGCAGUCCACCAAGAUUUACCUGGAGACCCAGGAGAUCGAGUACUCCAUCAUGAUUGAGGACCUGCAGGUGAUGCUGGACGAGGAGCAGGAGGAGAUGGACUCUGCUGCUCGCGUCGCUGAGCCCAGAAACACUGACAGCUUUGACUUCUCCAGGUACCACACCAUCAACGAGAUCUACAGCUUCCAGGACAUGCUGGUGGCUGAGAAUCCCAACAUGGUCAGCAAGAUUGUGAUUGGUCGCAGCUACGAGGGCCGUCCCCUGAAUGUGCUCAAGUUCAGCACCGGUGGAACCAACCGUCCUGCCAUCUGGAUCGACACUGGAAUCCACUCCAGAGAGUGGGUCACUCAGGCCAGCGGCACCUGGUUCGCCAAGAAGAUUGUGACUGACUAUGGACGUGACCCCGCUCUGACCGCCAUCCUCGACCAGAUGGACAUCUUCCUGGAGAUGGUGACCAACCCUGAUGGCUACUACUACACCCACAACAGCAACCGUAUGUGGCGCAAGACCAGGAAGCCCAACUCUGGCUCUAACUGUGUCGGAGUCGACCCCAACAGGAACUGGAAUGCUGGUUUUGGAGGACCUGGUGCCAGCGGCCAACCCUGCUCCGAGACCUACCGUGGACCCAGGGCUGAGUCCGAGUCCGAGGUCAAGUCCAUCGUGGACUUUGUGAAGUCCCAUGGCAACUUCAAGGCCUUCAUCUCCAUCCACUCCUACUCCCAGAUGCUCCUGUAUCCUUACGGCUACACCAGGACCCCAGCCAAGGACCAGGCCGAGCUGCACGCUCUGGCUAAGAAGGCCAUCAGUGACCUGGCUUCCCUGUAUGGUACUAGGUACAGAUAUGGCAGCAUCAUCAACACCAUCUACCAAGCCAGUGGUGGCACCAUUGACUGGACCUACAACCAGGGCAUCAAGUACUCCUACACCUUUGAGCUGAGGGACACCGGUCGCUACGGCUUCAUCCUGCCAGCCAAUCAGAUCAUCCCCACCGCCAGGGAGACCUGGCUGGCUCUGAUGGCCAUCAUGGAUCACACCAACAGGAACCCAUACUAAAAUGGGCAAAUGUCACCUGUUACCUUUCUCUCAAAACUAAUAUCACCAUCAUCAUUAUACUACAUGGAAAAACCACUAACAGAUGAAUAAAACAGCACACUGGAGAAAAGUC